UUGAGGAACUCUGGAACUGGGAAGUACGGAGCACCUAGUUUGGGGUUACCUGUCGCGGAGGAUGGUGGCGCUGGGACCCAGGGUCCAACGCGGUCAGUAACUCCGCGGUCUGGAGUGGGCGGGGAAGGGGCGCUCUCUUUCUCUGUAGUCCGCGAUCAAGUCCCGCCCUUUUCCGGGGAUCUUUCCCUGGAUUGGCUGUCCUUCCUUAACGUCAUACGGCCCCGCCCCGGCGCGCGCCCCGCCGCGUGCCCACCCCCGGGCGGCUGCUGCAGCCUACGCUACACUGCCACAGCCUGCCGCCCGCGGAGCGGGAGCCCGACCCUGAGCGCGCAGAGCUCGACGUGGGCUCCUGGGCCGCGGCGGCGGGCAGGCGAUGCUCCAGACGCCUGAGCAGCCAUGGAGGGCGAGGCGGGCGGCCUGGAGGAGCUGACGGACGAGGAGAUGGCGGCGCUGGGCAAGGAAGAGCUGGUGCGGCGCCUGCGGCGGGAGGAGGCGGCGCGCCUGGCGGCUCUGGUGCAGCGCGGCCGCCUCAUGCAGGAGGUGAAUCGGCAGCUGCAGGGUCACCUGGGCGAGAUCCGCGAGCUCAAGCAGCUCAACCGGCGCUUACAGGCCGAGAACCGUGAGCUGCGCGACCUCUGCUGCUUCCUGGACUCGGAGCGCCAGCGCGGGCGGCGCGCCGCGCGCCAGUGGCAGCUCUUCGGGACCCAAGCAUCCCGAGCCGUGCGCGAGGACUUGGGCGGUUGUUGGCAGAAGCUGGCCGAGCUUGAGGGCCGCCAGGAGGAGCUGCUGCGGGAGAACCUGGCGCUUAAGGAGCUCUGCCUGGCUCUGGGCGAGGAGUGGGGCCCCCGGGGCGGCCCCGGCGGCGCUGGGGGCUCAAGCACCGGGCCGACACCCGAGCUCGCCUUGCCCCCCUGCGGGCCCCGCGACUUGGGCGAUGGAAGCUCCAGCACCGGCAGCGUGGGCAGUCCGGAUCAAUUGCCCCUAGCCUGCUCCCCAGAUGACUGAGGGCUCAGCUUCCUUCACGUCGACGCCCGACCAGACUGCUUCCCAAGCACCGGGACUGCGGUGGACCUCGGGACCUGGACGCCGUCCCGCCUGCGCACGAGGGGCCGCGGGCAUGGAUUUGGAAACUCUGGCACUAAGGAGGGCCCCUCGCUCUCCUCGGUGGGGCAGCAGGGGGACUGGAGGCUGGAGCGGAGGGACUUGCUCGGGGCGGGGUGGGGGCUAAUAAACUGGAACGGAAGCAGA